AAGGCAGAUUAAAGUGGCUAUCCUCAACCUGGUAAUCCAGCCAUCUGUCAGAAAGCAGCCAGGCAGCAUUGGGCUGCAGGGUGUGAUUUGUCUCCCUUUCUCAGCUUGCUAAUUAACACUGCCAAGGACCAGCUCUCACAGGCUACAGGACAUAAAGUCUGAUUCAAUACAGAAACACUCUUCGAAAGAGUUUAAAAUGGAAGAGACAUAUCUGCUUGACCAUCCUGGAGUAAAAAAGAAGAUUCUGCAUGGAGGUCAAGGACCGUUGCCACAUUUUCCGAAGGGAACUAAGCUGGCGUUCCACUUCCAGACUCUGUUGGACAACUUUGAAAGAACUGUGAUUGACGACAGUCGCAAAAAUAAGCUUCCCACAGAGAUUUUCGUGGGGAGAAUGUUCAAGAUGGAGGUGUGGGAGGUGCUUUUAACCUCCAUGAGGAUUGGAGAGGUGGCAGAGUUUUGGUGUGAUGCCACUCACACAGGCCUUUAUCCCAUGGUGUCAAAAGGGAUCCGACUGGCUGCUCAGGGAAAGGACCCUCUGGAUGGCCAAAGACACAUGUGUGGCAUGGGAAAUGUGUUUCACUACCACUCGACAGGUUUUCCGGAGCUCGAUGAGAUAAUGAGGACACCUCAGCCUCUAAUCUUCAUCAUGGAGUUAAUCUCGGUGGGCGACCCGUUCUCUUACCAGCGCGAGUCUUGGAUGAUGGAGAAGGAUGAGAAGCUAAAGGUUGUACCCUCGCUGCAUCUCUUGGGCAACGCUCUGGUCAAGCAGGGCCGGUUCCGUGAAGCUGCAGUGAAGUAUCAGGAGGCUGUGGUUCUGCUGCGUACAGUCCAAUCCCGGGAGAUGCCAGGAGAUGAGGACUACAUUAAUCUUGGCAGGCUUAUCAUUCCUCUGGUACUGAACUACUGCCAGUGCAUGUUAGAGCUGGAGGAAUAUUACGAGGUCAUAGAACAUACAACAGAGCUCCUGGAUAAACACAAAGACUGUGUCAAGGCCUACUACAAGCGAGCGAAGGCCUAUGCAGCUGUGUGGAGUGAGAGGGAGGCCAGGAAAGACUUCCAGAUGGUCGCCAACCUAGACAUCACACUGUCUAGGUUGGUGCAAAGAGAACUGGAUCUUCUCUCUGAGAGAAUGAAGGAAAAAUACUGGGAGGAUAAAGAAAGGUACUGGAACAUCUUUGGAGAGAAGAAAGAGAGAGAAAGGGAAUCAGAGGAGGAGGAGGAAAACUCUGCGAUGCCUACAAAAGAGGAAAGCAAGGUGGAACAUUCUCAGUCCCCUGAAUAUGCUGAGGAGGGAAUAAAUCCAUCUGUAGCAGGGGAAAAUAAGCAUGACACCAAAAGUGAAGAUUCAGCAGGAGAGGCCAGUCGCAGGAUAACAGCUCUGACCGAGGGCAAGGACUGGCAGCAGAUGCUACGGCUAAUUUUGCUGCUCCAAGAUGAAGGCAAUUUCGAUGUGAAAGAGCAUAAAUACACUGAGGCGACUGUCAAGUUCAAGGAGGCUCUGGAAUAUGUAGACCAUCUCCAAACUAAGGUGGAACAUGAAGGAGAAGACUGGGAAUCUCUGGAGAAAGUCCGUCUGCCACUCUGUCUAAACCUCAGUCAGUGUAAGCUGGAGCUUGGGGAAUACCAAGAAGUGGUGGAUCUCAACUCUAAACUGCUGAAGAAACACAAAGACAAUCUGAAGGCCAUGUACCAGCGGGCCCGGGCUCACUCGGCAUUAUACAAUGAAGACGAAGCCCGCAGGGAUUUCACUAGGGUCCUGCAACUCGAUCCCACAUUCAAACCUAUCGUCAAGCAGGAGAUUAAGAAGAUGGGGGAGAAGAUCAGAGUGAAGUGCGUCAACGAAAACAAAAACUACUGGACGAGCACUCAGGAGAAGUUAGAAAAGAAAGCACAGGUCAAAAGGGGAAAGAAGACAAAGAAAGGUGUGACAUGGGCAGAUGAGAGUAAGAUACCGGAAGGAAAUGAUGAAGGACAUUCAGGCUGCAGUUCCAAAUCAGAGGAGAGCUGCAAUGUCAAAGCAGGUAAUAAUGAUGAAGGACAGGAUGAGAAGAAAAAAAGUGAGAACCAAAGGGAUGAGAGAUCGCUGACCUUGAAAGAAUCAAAGGCAAAAACUGAUAAUACGGCUGCAGAUAGAGACGGGGAUUCAGCCCAAAUCAAUGUGCUAGGAGAGGGUACACAGAGAUCAGAGACCGAUAAUGACUCGAAAACUCUACUGACCAAUGACAUUACAAAGAAAAAUGAUGGCCAAGAUGAGAUCACAGAUGAAAAACAACAGUCUCCUGAAAAGUCAGACAAAGAUGCAAGCAGUGGAGCAUCAAGGGAAGAAAGGCUGACGGACAUGACUGGAGAUGAUGAAACAGAGGAGAGCAAUACAGCAGCUGAAUUUAUUAAGAUGGAGAAGACUAGUGUCGAGGAACCAUCAUCUGCGAAACCUGAAAAAUACACCAAAAAAGUCAAAUGCAAAAAGAAAAAGAAAUAGAUACCAAUAUCAUAUCCCAUUAUCUGAAGGAAGACAAACCAGACCAAGGUGUAUACAACAAAUAAAAAUUUAUUUCUUUGUACACAAUGAGUAGAAAGCAGCCAGUAACUCAUUCAUUUUUAAAACGCAUUUUUGUUUACAUUUUGUACAGAUUAAAAACACA